AUGUCUUGGGCGCUGAUAGGCUUGCUGGUGCUGCCAGUGGUGGCAGGUGUCCGUGUGGACAGCCCUGACAACCGCAGCGCGACGGUAGCUGCGCUGCAAACUGGAGGCCACGUGUCCACUACACUGCAGCCGGGACUGUCAACCAAGGCAGGCAAUACGGAAGGCAGUACCGUAGGAAACGACACGCUGCAAGAGGUUGAGAACUUCCUGUCCCAUGCAAUGGGAAAUCAAUCUACUUCAGGACUUGUGGGUGUUUCCAAAAAUGCAGAAGGGGAUUUUGAGACUAUGAAGACAGCCUUCUACUUCAACCUGGGAUGUUCGUUGGUGGCUUUUGCUUUGUUCUCGGCGCUUCGUUUCCUGUUCCCAGCCGUGUACAGCAAGGAUGCAGAGGAGGUUGCAGCCGAAAGCGAUGGCUCACCCCAACUUGCACUGGAGCCGCCCAGCUACCGCGUGCGGAGCGCGGGUGAUGUUGCCACAGCCCUCUUUGGUUGGAUGUCGAUUGUGAGGGCUAUGCAGGAUGAGGAGAUCAUUGCCAGAUGCGGUCUUGAUGGCCUGCAGAUGCUGGAACUUCUGCGUCUAGGGGGCAGACUGGCAAUAUUGUGGAGCACCAUGAUCAUCUGCCUGCUAUGUCCACUCCACUAUUACCUUCACCUGCACAUCUCCAGCGGAGGCAGCCUUCUUAGCAUAACAAGCAUGAACGGCUUAGCGGUUGAUCGCUUGGGGCACCAACAUUACCUUCUGCUGAUCUGGAUGCACACUGCCACAGUCUGGUUCGUUGUCUUGGCAGCUUCACAUGAAGUUUACAACGCGCAAUGCCGCUUCCUGGAGCGUCGUUUCGAAUGGUUGAAGCAAAUUCCCGAGCCCAGAGCCACAACGCUUCUGGUGGAGAACCUGCCUCAAGAGUGCCGGUCAGACUUUGCGCUCCACCAGUAUUUCGCACGGCUCUUCUCCGCGGAUGCCAUCUCGAGGGCCUACAUCGUGCGGCGCACGGACCGCCUGCGCCGCGUCUUUGUGGAAAUGGAGCGGGCAGCGUAUGACCUCCACUGCGCUCAGAGCUCGCGGGGCACACAACCACAAGGAACACAGUCGCAGAUGUCACAGUCACCGUCCACACUUCCGGGAGCAGGGACCGCCCGUCAGAGCUUGCAGAGUGCUUUGUGCUGCCACCGGCGGGACGCCGUCGGAUUCUACACUCGUGAGUUGGAAGCUUUGCGGGAAGCUGUGGUCAAGGAACGCAAGGCAGUGGAGGAGGGUGUGAUGGCCAUGGACCCAGAGGUUUGCAGCUGUGCGGGCUUUGUGACCUUCACCUCCCGCAGGAUGUGCAUGCUGGCCCGUUCGCCCCAGUACCGCGCGGAUUCCCGGCAGAUCACGGUCACCAUGCCCCCGGAUCCUCAGGACGUGCGCUUUCAAGACCUUGCCAAGGAUCCCAAGGUGCAGGCCUCCGGAAACAUCACCGCGGCAGGGCUGCUGCUUUUGAUUUUCGUGGUCUGGGCGCCGCUGAUCGCCACAUUUAUGGACAAGGUAGAGCCGGUUCUGCUGAGUUUCUUCAAGGAGUCUCCAGGAAUCCAGCACCUGGUCCAGGGGGUGUUGAGCACGGGAGCUUUGAAGAUGUUCAUGUCAUUUCUGCCCACGAUGCUGAUGGCCAUCAUCAGCAACGUCUUGACUCUCAAAGCGGGGACGUGGGCACAACUGAAGCUACAGGACUGGUACUUCUCAUUCCAGGUUGUCUUCGUCCUGUUGGUGACGGCGAUCAUCGGGACCAUCCUGGAUGUCUUGGCAAAGGUGCUUGCGCACCCUGGUGAGGUCAUCUACUUGCUGGCAGAUGCCCUGCCGGGUUUCUCCAACUUUUACAUCAACUACCUGAUGUUGGGCUGCCUCGUGCACGUCUUUGACCUCUUGCGUGUUGCCCCUUUGGCCAAGUACCUCUUUGCACGGGCACGUGGAGGCGACGCUUCUGAUGCACGGAGGGUCAGCGAGCCAGAGGAUCAGGACAGCGAUGGGAUGGGAGCUCGCAUGGCAAAGAUCACGCUUCACCUGGUGGUCGCCUGUGUUUUCGGGAGCUGCUGCCCAGUCAUCCUGGUCUUUGCGUGGUUGUACUGCAGCAUCGGAGGUCUGACUUAUGGCUACCUCCUGAUCUACGCAGAAACGAAGAAGCCGGACAUGGGGGGAUCUUUCUGGGUAAAGAGCCUGCGCCAUGUCUUUGCUGGCCUGGCAAUCUACGUGCUGCUCAUGGUGGGACUCAUCAGCCAGGCGAGCAGCACACGUGAGGCGCCCCUGGUUGCGGGCCUCGCGCUGGCGGCACUGGCCCUGGGAUACUUCCGCUUCGCGGCACUGAGCUGGGAGACCCUUCCCUUCGAAGCCAUCGUGGAGGUAGACUUGGCAGACCGCGAGCGAGGCAAACACCACGGAGACUACACCCAAGCUGAGUGCCAGAAGCUGCCCUUCGAGCGUGAUCGGAGCGAGAAGCCUGUCUCACAACGCUUCUCCCAGUCUCAGCCCUCGUUUCGGCGGGAGAAGAGAGGAGACGGCACUGACUGA